UUGUCUGCAAAGCAAGUGGAGAAACAGGCCGAAGAAGUGGCAGAAGUAGAUCCAUCAGUGUACGAUUAUGAUGCCGUCUACGAUGACAUGAAGCGCGGUGAGCGUCGCAAGAAGGAAGAAUCACAGGGAGAGCAGCAGGAGCGAAAGCCUCGCUACAUGCAGAAUCUGUUAGCAAUGAAGCAAGUCCGUGACAGGGAUCGCCUACGAGCCGAGGAGAAGCUGAUCCAACGCGAAAGAGAGAAGGAGGGUGAAGAGUUUGCGGAUAAAGAAAAGUUCGUUACGAGCGCCUAUAAGAAGCAACAAGAAGAGCUUCGCCGGCUGGAGGAGGAAGAACGUGAGAAAGAAGGAGAACUGCAGAACAAGUCACAAGGUAUCUCGAGCUUUUACAGGAACAUUCUUGAUCGAGAAGAGGAAAGGUUCGAUGCUGUGCAAACCAGCGUCAGCUCUGGGAAGGAAGACCAAGGAAGAAAUGAUACGGAUCACCCAGAUAAAAAACAGGAAAAGAGCGACCUCCAACGCGCUUCCGAAGUGCAGGACAGAACCGGUCGUAAUGUCAUUGUUAACGAUGAGGGUGAGGUUGUCGAUAAACGACAACUGCUGUUGGGAGGUCUCAACAUUGUGAAGAAGGCAACGUCAUCCAGUGUACGGGUGCCUGCUAAGGCAGACGACCAGCAUGCUCCGAGACGAGACUACGCAGACCGGCCUCGAUCAGACGAUACGCGGGAAGCUAGAGCAAGGCAGGCAAGACAACUGGAGGCACAAUUACGGGAAUCACGGAAGCGGAAAGAGGAUGAGCAGCGAUCAAAACAGGAGGAACUCCUCAUGAAAUCGAAAAAAGCCAAAACGGAGAGCGAUGUGAUGAGUGCGAGGGAACGUUAUCUAGCGAGAAAGCGAGGCGAG